AUGUUUGUUGUUGGCCGCCAUCACACGACUAUUUACCCCCCCGUCGUUUUUGGUUCCGUGCGGCUUGGCCUCAACUCGCUCGGCCGGGGGGUUGAACAACAAUACCCCAACGCCACCGCCAACGACAACAACAACAACGACAAUCACAACGAACAGAGCCAACAGGAUGACGGCAGGGUCCUGUUGCGCAAGAGCUGCGAUCUCUGCGUGCGGCUGAAGCGCGCGUGCGACGGGAAAAACCCGUGCCACCUCUGUCUUCGACGCCGCGAGACGUGCACACGGAGCGUGAAGCGGAAAAGCGGCCCAGCGAAGGGCACCAAGUACACCACCCGGCGCUCUCGGAUGGAAGCGGGCAUCGCGGAGCCUCGUUGCGGCGGCGGCGGCGGCGGCGGCGGCUCCGCAGGAGGGAGGGGGGGAGGGGGGCGCGGGAGCGGGGGGCGGACAACGAAGAAGGGCUCAUCGCGGAAAGGCCAGGAGCAGGAGCAGGAGGAGGGCGCGUCGGCUGUGGCGGCAGCAUCCGCUGUUCCCGCGGGUGUCGGCGGUGCCGGUACCGGGGGAAGGGGUAGAGGAAAAGGGAGGGGAAAGGCGGGCCCCCCGUCGGGUGUCGCCGGCGGUGGGGGUGGGGGGGGGCGGGCUCUUGUGGGGCAUGGCGGCGGCGCCGGCGCCGGCGACAUACAAGUCAACGCUGGGGUGCCGUCGUCUCCCACCACCGCCCACCCGCGUCACCACCACCAGGGCGGCGGCGGCGGCGGCGCUCCUCUUCUCCCCGCCGCCGCCGCCGACGGGACGAGCUUGCCCUUCCCGCCGCCACCACCGCCGGGCAGCAGAAGAGAAGACGAACAGCGAGAAAAAGGAAGCAGGAGCGAUGCUUACGACGGCAACGUCGACACCGUAGGCGGUGGCGGUGGGGGCGGCGGCAUGCACCACCAGAGUAGCCGCCACCAUCACCACCAUCGCCAGGGGAGUGUGGACGCGGUAGUCCCGCGGCGGUCGCUGUCGCCGCUCUCCCUGCCGACGCUGCCCUGGCCGUCCCCGGUCAUGGGCGGCGGACCGGGCCCAGACAGUCACCACCACCACCACGGCGGCGGCGGCGGCGGCGGCGGGCGCGGCGGUGCGGUGCGGUCCACCAGCCCGUUCGGCCUCCUUUCGGGCCCUCCGCCGCCGGUCCUGGGGGAAGGGGCCGGCGGCACUAUCCCGCGGAGGGGGGGCACGCGGGAGCCGCCCGUGGAGGCCGGGGGCGCCGGGCCGGGACACCUGCUGCCCGGGCACCACCACCUGAUGCAACCGCCGCCGGGCGGGGUCGGGGUUGGGGUAGGGGUCGGGGGGGGGCAUCACCACCAUCAUGGAGUAUUGCCCGGAGGGCAUCACCACCACGGGGGGCACUUUCGAGGCCCGCCGGGGGGCGGCGGCGGCGGGCAGCCUCCGCCGCCGAAGCGCUAUCGGAUGAGGAGCGGCGACGACUACAACCUCAGCCCUUCGAUGAGCAACAACAUCCUGGGCUACGGAGCCGGCGCCGGCAGUCUCGCCUCCCCCGAAAGAAGCAGCCCCUACCGGCAAGGGUUGCCUCCACCGCCGAUGCCACCGCCGCCACCACUGCCCAACGAGCAGCGGCCGCACUUCCUCGGCCGAAGCUACGUCUCCGCUUCGUCCCCGGCCCCUUCCCACGCGCCCAGCGUCGGCUCCUUCGACAGCUCUAACGCCCUCGGGGCUAUCCUAGACGCCCGCCAUCGCGGCAGCAGCAACGGCUUCGUCCGUGGCGGCGGCGGCGGCGGCGGCGGCGGUGGGCGGGUCGGGAGCGGGAGCGGGAUAGCCCCCCACCACCACGGCAGCAACAGCAGCCGUCGCCGACCAGACCAGGACUUGCCCCCGCAGGGGGAGGGACACAACACCGGAGACGCCGGUGCCGGCGCCGCCUCCUCAGCGAUGCACGCGCGGCAGCAUUAUGGCAAGGCGUUUUCCGAUCACCAGGGGAUGCGCUUCUUGCCUCCCCCCUCCGGCGGCGGCGGCGGCGGCGGCGGGUUAAGGUUAUCGGCCGAGGAGCUCUACGGAAACAGCGAGGCGGCCGCCGCCGCUGCCGCUGCGAGAUGGCGCGGCGGGGUCGACACCGAUGAUAACAACGCUGGCGACGGCAGCGCUGAUAGGUCGGACCCGGGGGAUCGUGAGGCGAGAGGCCCAGCGAGAGAGGACAAGGUCUCGUCGCGGCCGGUUCAUACGGGUGGCCGGCUCUUGGAUGGCGAUGAUUGGCAAGCGCGAUGUUAGCGAGCGCCAACAAUAUGUGGUGUGUUUCCCUUGUUUUGGUGUUGCUGUUUCCUUCAGGGUAGUACGGGAGGGAGGGGGAAGGCGGGCGGGGGGGGGGCGUAGUUGGUUGCCCCUCGUUUGAUUGAUGACGUUUCCGUGUUUUGUCCUUGUUGCUCUCUUUCCAUGCUUGAAAUCUGCCAGUCAGUGAUGGUACACGUGUAGAAGUAGCUUUGGUGCGAUCUUGUGUGCAGCGCGCGAUUAGAACCGCUGAACCGAUGCAAGUUUGUCGACAAUUAGAGAGAGGUCUCCGCGCCUUGCUGCUCCUUGCCCGAACGUGGGGUGUCUGUUCUGCUUCCCACCCUCAAGUGGAAAGAGUUGUGGUAAUCCAUUUUCUGCUGUGUCUUGACUUUCCUCGAUUUUUUUAGUAGUGUUUGGGUAGAGACGGCCGGAGUAUAUAGGUUUAACUUUCGGUUUUGUAAGAUAUUUUCUGCGUGCUGGUGUAGUAGCGGUGGCGGUAGAUUUUUCGUGGCUUCUUCAGUAUAUUUCUUCCUCGUUUUCUUUUGGUCUUGGUUGUUGAUGAUGUCCAUCUCCUGGUCUCUCUGCUUUGUGCGUCCUUUUUGGCCGAUCCAUCUUGCUGUCAACGUCCCAUUCCUAGUGUGUGUGUGGCGGGCGUCCUGUUGGGAGGGGGUACGCCUAUCUUUAUAUCAAAAGCUCCCUGUAGGGAGGGGAUACGCCUAUCUUUCUAUCAAAAGCUCCCUGUAGGGACGGGAUACGCCUAUCUAUCUAUCAAAAGCUCCCGAGCGGUCUUUCAAACGCGACUCACUUGCUCAAAAAUUGAAAAUUGGUGUCGUACUGCUGUAGGUGUCGAAUUGUCGCGGGCUGGUAUCAUAGCACCGCAUGUGUCCGUGGCGGAACUAAACUGCCCUUCCCUGUUGUCACCCAUCGCUCCUGCUGCUGUCGCAGUCAGUUGUGUGUUUUUGUGUGCCUUGCAAAUUACGUACGUACGCGCCUUGUGCUCCCUAAGAAAUUGGAAGUUGUAUGCCUGGUAUUUUGUCCUUUUGCAGUUGCGUUUGGUGGGGGGGGGGGGGGGGCAAAAGAACUGGCCGAAAUGACACAAAAACACCGUAGCGAGACGUGGACGACGACGAAAGAAAAUCCUUCGCUGUUGUCAUGCACCCGCUGGCGUCUUGACGGUCUGUAGGUCGGAAGGAACUGUUAUCUUUUCGGUAUGCGUAUGAAAUGCGCGCUUGUGUAGAGAUUUUGGUUGGUCGGUUGGUUGGUUGGUUGGUUGGAUGAGUGGGCACACGGGUUGUUACAAGGAGGGAAGCCGCAACCGAGCCGAAGCGGGUCUAACCUGCUGGCAGGUGGUUUGUUCGCGUGAUAGACCUGUUAGUCGUUCGUGUGCACUCGCCCACCUUGUUUGGCGUCUGCAAAGACUUGACACCGAUCGAUCCCC